AUGGAAAUUGAACCUAGUUACAAACCUGCAUCACUAGGAAACGAACCAUCUUCAAAUAUACCAUCUUUGAGUCCAUUGAGUGAAACCCUUUGGAGAGAAAAGGCGAAAACCGAGUUCAUCGGCGACGUCUCGGCAAGACUAACAUGGAAAGAUUUAACUGUCAUGGUAACCCUAAGCAAUGGUGAGACACAAAAUGUGUUAGAGAAUUUAACAGGCUAUGCUGAACCAGGAUGUUUUACUGCUCUCAUGGGACCAUCUGGUUCUGGAAAAUCAACUCUUCUAGAUGCACUUUCUAGUCGUUUAGCUUCUAAUGCUUUUCUUUCUGGUACCAUUCUUCUUAAUGGUCGCAAAGAAAAGCUAUCUUUUGGAACUGCUGCUUAUGUGACACAAGAUGACAACUUGAUUGGAACCUUAACAGUGAGAGAAACAAUAUGGUAUUCAGCUAGAUUAAGAUUACCAGAUAAAAUGUCAAGAUCAGAUAAAAGAGCAUUGGUUGAGAGCACAAUAGUUGCAAUGGGACUUCAAGAUUGUGCAGACACAGUUAUUGGUAAUUGGCAUUUAAGAGGAAUAAGUGGUGGUGAAAAAAGAAGAGUUAGUAUUGCUUUGGAAAUAUUAAUGAGACCUAGAUUGCUUUUCCUUGAUGAACCAACCAGUGGACUUGACAGUGCUUCAGCUUUCUUUGUGACUCAAACACUACGUGCAUUAGCAAGAGAUGGAAGAACAGUGAUAGCUUCUAUUCAUCAACCUAGCAGUGAAGUGUUUGAAUUAUUUGAUCAAUUGUAUUUGCUUUCUGGUGGCAAAACUGUUUAUUUUGGUCAAGCUUCUGAAGCAUAUGAGUUCUUUGAACAAGCUGGAUUUCCAUGCCCUGCUCUAAGGAACCCAUCUGAUCAUUUUCUUAGAUGUAUCAAUUCUGAUUUUGAUAAAGUCAAAGCCACUCUUAAAGGGUCCAUGAAAUUGAGGUUUGAAGGAAGUGAUGAUCCUCUAGACAAGAUCACAACUGCUGAAGCUAUCAGAACUCUCAUCGAUUUCUACCGCACUUCUCAGCACUCUUACGCCGCAAGACAAAAAGUCGAUGAAAUUUCAAAAGUUCGUGGGACAGUGCUCGAGGCAGGAGGAAGUGAAGCUAGUUUUUUGUUGCAGACAUACAUAUUAACCAAACGUUCAUUCAUUAACAUGUCGAGGGACUUCGGUUACUAUUGGCUUCGGCUUGUAAUCUACAUUGUUGUCACUAUCUGCAUCGGAACAAUUUACUUGAAUGUUGGCACCGGCUACAACUCUAUUCUGGCGAGGGGUUCGUGUGCGUCUUUUGUCUUCGGUUUUGUUACCUUCAUGUCGAUUGGUGGAUUUCCUUCGUUUGUUGAAGAUAUGAAAGUUUUUCAAAGGGAGAGGCUUAAUGGACAUUAUGGUGUGACUGCAUUUGUUGUCAGCAAUACAUUAUCUGCUACACCAUUUCUAAUAUUAAUCACUUUUCUCUCUGGAACAAUUUGCUACUUCAUGGUUCAACUGCAUCCUGGAUUUUCGCAUUAUGUUUUCUUCGUGUUGUGUCUUUAUGCGAGUGUCACCGUUGUUGAAAGCUUGAUGAUGGCAAUUGCUAGUAUUGUUCCUAACUUUCUCAUGGGAAUCAUCAUUGGAGCGGGAAUUCAGGGCAUAUUCAUGCUGGUCUCUGGCUACUUCAGGCUUCCACAUGAUAUCCCAAAGCCAGUUUGGCGCUAUCCAAUGUCAUACAUCAGUUUUCACUUUUGGGCACUACAGGGUCAAUACCAGAACGAUCUGAACGGUCUAAUAUUCGACAACCAAACACCUGAUCUUCCAAAGAUACCUGGCGAAUACAUCUUAGAGUACGUGUUCCAGAUCGAUGUGAAAAGAUCAAAAUGGAUCGAUUUAAGUGUGAUCUUAAGCAUGAUUAUCAUAUACCGCAUUAUUUUCUUCAUCAUGAUCAAAAUCAACGAAGAUGUUACUCCUUGGGUUAGAGGGUAUCUUGCUAGGAGAAGAAUGCAACAAAAGAGUGGAGCACAAAAUACAACUAUUGCACCUGAUGUUCUUACUCAAUCUCCAUCUUUGAGAACUUAUAUUUCUAAUCAGAAGUAG